AUGCUUGGAGAAGCCUUCCUAAUUGAACUCCCUUACAAAGAACAGAAAUAUACAAAAUUUUGCAAACCAGUAACAUGUAAGAAGACGUCAAAUGAUGAAAAAGAAACUUGGAAAAAUAAACUUUUAUAUAUAGAAGACAAUUCACUUUCCUCCCUUAAGAGUGAAAAUCAAGAAAAAAUUAUGAAAGAAAGUUUAAAUGAACAAAGUAAUGAUACAAAUAAAAUAAAAUCUGUGGAUGAGCUAUCUGCGGUAAAAUGCAAAAAUACACCUCUUCCAGGAACUGUGUCCAUUGCAUUGACCAUUCCAAAGAGAGAACAACAUGAUGAAAGACAAGUGGAUUUAUAUCGAUCCUGGUCAUGUACCAGUAUUUGCCAGAAUUAUCCUGAUCUACAGAUUGGAGGUGAUCAUGUGGGGAACAUGUAUGAUUCAGGCUGCUUUGUUGAACACACACACGAUGAUGUUUCUAAUGGUCCCCUUUUACUUUCAGUAGAUAUACCAUUGGGCCAUUCUCCUAUCAUUGAGCCUCUGGAGAAAACACCCACCUCAAAGUUAUUGAAUGGAGAUGAAAUUCGAGAAAAAAGUAUGCUGUUUCAUAAGCAGCCUCUCUCCAAUUCUAUGCUUAAUAGCUAUAUGGAAAAAAAGGUCGAUGAACUCUAUAAACAAUUUUUGGAAGAAAAUCUCACCAGGUGUCGCUCCAUAACCAAUCUUAUAGCUUCCAAUCUGCUAAUGAACAAUAUAAAUCAGAUUAGUCUUCAAAUUUCCCAAGAGCAGAACAUAGAGGCAUCAAAAGCUCGGGAAGCUCUUCUGCACUCUUUAACACUAUGUAAUCUUCGUAACAUUUCCCAUGGAAACAGUUCUGAAUUUAGCACUCCUAACUUACAAAUAUCAAACCAGACAAGCAGGGAACUUGUAUCACAUUUAUAG